UCUCGUUGGGUUCACAACUCGUACACUGAGAGUUCCAUUGCUGUUCAUUUCGACAUGCCGCCUAAAGCUAGUGGCAAAGCGGUGAAGAAGGCGGGCAAGGCUCAGAAGAAUAUUAGCAAGACCGAUAAGAAGAAGAGGCGUAAGAGGAAGGAGAGCUACGCUAUCUACAUCUACAAGGUGUUGAAACAAGUACAUCCCGACACCGGAAUCUCCAGCAAAGCUAUGAGUAUCAUGAAUAGCUUUGUUAACGAUGUAUUCGAGAGAAUUGCCGCCGAAGCGUCAAGAUUGGCGCAUUACAACAAGAGAUCGACGAUCACGUCUCGUGAGAUACAAACUGCGGUGAGACUUCUUUUGCCUGGAGAAUUGGCUAAGCACGCAGUCAGUGAGGGAACUAAAGCAGUUACCAAGUACACUAGUUCCAAGUGAAUAUUCAAAAUCACAACA